AUGAAACGUGCAAGAGAAAAUGUACCAGAAACAUAUGCACCCCGGAAACAAGUGCAGAGUCCAGGAACAUCAUCACCGCUGACACCACCACCGGAGGGACGGGACGAAACGGGAAUAUGGGACUGGAGCAAGUUCAGGGAGGGGAUAAAGAGUUAUGUGCUGGACCUGAAGGGAUUGGGGGCGUUGCAGACGAUGGCUGCUACCGAGUCAGAUGGAGAGAUGGACGAACAAGAAGAUACUCCGUCGGAGGAGGCAGUUGCGAGAGACUUGGAGAUUACGAUGAAAGCCUGGGAAGAAGAGUACAUCAAGUCGGUACGUAUAUCCCAAGUAAUGAAAGUGAAAUGUCAACAAUUUAUAACGGACCUUAUAAACUCAUCGCUUUCCAUCAAGGAGUCAGAAGACGGCAUUGGCACCUUAUAUACGUCAGUCAUAAUAGACAGUGGGGAUUUAACUCUAGACUGGGGAGAAUUAUUCGAAACGGAACCUACAAAAAUACAAGCAUUAACUGUCUCGCUUGUAUACGCAAGUAUCUUUAUUCCGGCAAUGGUCGUCAAGUCGUACAGGACAUUCUCAGCGACGAACUUGUUGAAACUUGUCCAUGCGCCAGUCAUUCAUGUGGAAUGGACGGGAUCAAUAAAUGGACAAAAAAAAAUGUACGAGGCUGAAUGUACCGAAGGGCGAAAUACAGUACCUGGAAAUGAAGGCGGCCCAUCUCAAGCGAAACAGUCAAGACUGGUGGAUGCAGUUGAUCAAACCAAGUUGCUAUGCUCGCGAGACCAGUCUAACUUACUAAAAAGAUACUUUGGGUUUUUUGUCUUUAUGACGCCAAAAAGUGCACAAGCUAAGUGA